UCACUGAAUAAAUACCCUCUUUUUUCUUUUUUCUUUUCCUUCUUGAGGUUUCUGUUCUUGAUAUUAGUUUCUUUGUUCUUUGUCCUAGAUUCUUGCCUUCAUUUCAGGACAUUGUUUAAUUCAAAGUUAGAUAGUUCAUCUAUCUCUCUCAACUUUCGAGGCUGCUUUCUCAUUAGCUCUUCUGCUUGCAGAUAAGUUGCUUUGGCUUCUCUAUUUAUAUGAACAUUCCAGGAUUAAUAUUCGUUGUGUUGGUUUCUCUUUUUUCUUUUUCUUUUUUGUUAAACAUAUUGGUGGAUUUGGACUUGGAACUGGGUUAUCUUGUUGCAGUUUCUGUUUGGGACUUUGAGCCUUUUAUUUUGAGUUUUAGAGAAAAGGUCACCUUUGGAAAAAGGAUACAUCUUUGAUUACCUUAUGCAUAUGCUUGAGGAUAUAAAUAGAUGGAGAAUUUGUUGAGUUGCUUCUAAAGGCAAAAAAGAGAAAUGGGUACGGUUUAUUCUUGCUUUUUGAUUUCUACAGAGCUAAACCUGUAAAGGUACAUGUCCUAAGGUUUUAGGCAAAUGAGUUUAUGGGUCUGAUCUAAAUUGUUGUGAAACAAUAAAAAUAUGGAAGGGAAUUUGUCACAGGGAAAUAUGCUUCCAGGUGGGACUCCUUUUGGAGGCCUUGACUUGCAAGGAUCAUUGAGUGUUCAUCAUCAAACACAAUACCAGCAUGCUGUACACCAACCACAUCAUGUUCAUCGACAAGGCUCCGCUAUUCAUCCCUCUAUCCGCGAGGGUUUUCCCCUAACCAUAGGAACCAUGAAUAACUCUGAUCAAAACAUGUCCUUGACUAAUUACAAUACGGGAGAUAAGGGAAAAAUUUCUACUAGUGAUGAGGAUGAGCCAAGCUAUAGUGAAGAUGGCGUUGAUGGUCAGAAUGAAGCUAGUAGAGGGAAAAAGGGGUCACCUUGGCAGCGGGUAAAGUGGACUGAUAAGAUGGUGAGGCUUUUAAUAACUGCUGUUUCUUAUAUAGGUGAAGAUAUGUCUUCGGAUUGUAAUGGUGGAAUUAGAAGGAAAUUCGCAGUUUUACAGAGAAAAGGCAAGUGGAAACUAGUCUCAAAGGCCAUGGCUGAAAGGGGUUUCCAUGUUUCACCUCAGCAAUGCGAGGAUAAAUUCAAUGACCUUAACAAAAGGUAUAAAAGACUUAAUGACAUACUUGGGAGGGGCACUUCUUGCCAAGUUGUUGAGAACCCUGCGCUUUUGGAUGUUAUAGAUUUUUUAACAGAGAAAGCAAAAGAUGAUGUUAGGAAAAUAUUGAGCUCGAAGCAUCUCUUCUAUGAAGAAAUGUGCUCGUAUCACAAUGAUAAUAGAUUGCAUCUGCCUCAUGAUCCAGCAUUGCAGCAUUCCUUACAGUUGGCUCUUAGAAGAAAAGAGGAUCAUGAUAAUGAUGAUAUGAGAAGGAACCAGCAUGAUGAUCUUGAAGAAGAUGAUCAAGAAGUGGAAACUGAAGAUCGUGAUGAAGUUGAGGAUAAUCUUAUUUCACGGAGAGAUGGCAAGGGAAUAGAUGGGGCCUUAGGGGGCUCAAUGAAAAGGUUCAGACAUGCCCAGGGACAUGUAGAUGCUUGUUUCAGAAUUUCAUCUCAAGAUAAUGUCAAAGGCUCCUAUUCUCAUUUGCAGAUUCCUCAAGUUGAUAUAAAUCAGAUGUCAUCUGAAAGUACUAGAGCAGCUUUGUUACAGAAGCAGUGGAUGGAAUCUUGCACACUUCAGUUAGAAGAGCAAAAGCUCCAAAUUCAACUUGAAAUGUUGGAGCUCGAAAAACAGCGAUUUAAGUGGAAAAGAUUUAGCAGGAAAAGGGAUCAUGAGCUAGAAAAGCUAAGACUGGAAAAUGAGAGGAUGAAGCUUGAGAACGAGCGAAUGGCACUGGAGCUGAAGCGCAAAGAAAUGGUUGUUGAUUUGACUUAAUUGUUGGCUGUGGUCAGAAAAUGUUAAUCACAACAGUGGGAUUUGCAUGAAACACUACUUUCAGUUACGAAGCAGAAGAAGAAAAGGAGCAGGAGAGGCCAAUUACAGUACACUGCAGUGCAGCUCUUGUUCUGUUGUUUAUUCAUCCGUUGAUAGCUUUGUCAGGAAGACACGGGCACUGGAGCUUAUUGGAACAGAACCUUAAAGUGUGCAUCCUGUAAUCUUGUAGAUUACCAUCUACAAUUCAUGCACAACUCUGUUUUGCACUGGAGAUAUUGGUGACAUCUGAUGCCUGCUUUAUCACAUUCUUUCUGUAAAGCUGGCGAUAUGUUCAGUUCUUAUGUUGAAUAUUUUGCUGCUACUGAUAACCUGGUAUAUUAAUAAGUUGAAUUAGUAUGAAAAACAGCAGGGGAAAUGAAGGGUCUUGUAGCUGUUCUCCAUUUUGGGCUGACAGUUAUAACCUACAAUAUAGCUUCUCUCUGGAGGAGAUAGAGAAGAAGCUGACUAAACAUUGAAACUGACUGUUCAGAGGAAAACUAGACAUGAUUGUCCUGCUGCUAUUUUGAUGAGAUGGCCACAGCCUGAUUUUAUAUAAGCAUGACAAAGAGGCAUAUUCUUUUGGGCAUCAGAGUCUUGGGCUACAGCUUGACCUGUAAAUGAAAGUUGAGCAUAAUGCCAGUUAAAGGGCCAUCUGGACAGGAGAUAAAGAAAAGGGGUGGGGGGGAGGAGAAAUCAUUCUUUUUGACAAUUCUGUUUCUCACAUCAUGCUUCUGUUGAGUUGAUUUGAUUUGAUAACCAAUAAUAACAACCUAUGAAAUUGUGUUCCUUAUCU